UUAGGAGAUUUUAAUGCCAGAAUUGGGAAUAACAUAAUUAAUGGAGAUCCUGUUCUCAAUACAAAUGGUGAAAGAUUGUUAGAAUUUAAGAAUGACGCUAAUCUUUCAAUUUUAAAUAGCACUAUUUUUUGUAAGGGUAAAAUGACAUGGGGAAGAGGUAAACAACUUAGCACAAUUGAUUAUAUUUUGUCAUCAAAAAGCAUGUUUAAUUAUAUUUUAGAAAUGAUUGUAGAUGAAUUAGGAAAAUACGGCUUGGGCAGCGAUCAUAAUAUGUUGUUGCUUACACUAAAUAUAAAAGAUUCUCGAUAUAAAACUAAACGAAGAUGUAAAAAAUCGAACAAUUUUAAAGAUUGGGAUGCAAGUGUUUUUAACAAUGUCGAUGAUUUGUGGAAAUCAUGGAAAAGUAGAGUUAUCAAAUCUGCUGAAGAAAGCAUCGGUAAAAAAACAAUUACAGGAAAAAAUAGACCGUGGUUUGACAAAGAAGCAGCUAUAGCAAUUGAAAAUAGGAAAAAAGCAGCACAGAUACAUAGAAAAUAUAUUAAAAGAAACGAUAGAAACGAGGCCACCAGUGAAUUUCUUUGGCAGAAUUACCAACAGAAAAGAUUAAUUGCCAAAAACUUAAUUAAACAAAAGAUCUUUGAGAUGAGGGUAGAUAAAUCAAUUGUUAUUGCAAACAAAGGAGGUCCAGGUUGUAAAGAAUUUUGGCAGUCACUUAGAGGGUCAAAGUUCAAUCAAUCUAACACAAAUUGCUUUAAGAUUCCGGGGUCAGAAAAUAUAGUAACAGGAGUUGAAGAAUGACACAUUAAAAAAUUAUUGGGAAUCAUUAAGUAAAUCUAAACCUAACUCUUCUAACAGUAACAUGCAAAAAACUAAACAAUUUAUUAAUAAUAUUAGAAACACUGAUCGGGAUG